ACACAAACACAUUGGCAUCACAUUCUUCCAAGUUCUACAGUCUACAGUCCUUAAUCAAGCCCACGAUCGCAUUCCUCACGCAAAAACCACUGACUUUACAGCAUAUUUUUAAACUUGAUAUCUCAUACUUACUGCAGUCACCACUACAAAUAACCAUGUACGCCGCCGCUGUUACCAUCAUUUUGUCUCUGUCCGCAUUUGCCACCGCCGCUCCGGCUCCGGCUCCUCUUAUUCCCGUUGUCGCACCCGCCACUUCGUUGUCCAACACCAACUCUGGUGCCUUUGACAGUGGAUCAGUCGCCAAUGUUAGCCCUUUUGGUUCCAAUGGCAAUACAUGGAACAACGGGUUCAGGGCCAACCAAAACGCCGCCGCCAACCCCUGGGGAAAUGCUGGCAGCUCGUCGUUUAACAACUGGAACAACAACGCUUGGAGCAACAAUGUCCGCCCCUACCCCGCCCCUCACUGGUAAAUCGAUUUACCAGUAGAUGUGCUGACUCUAUCGUCGUUUUAAGGGUGACAAUUUCUGAUUAAGCAUUUCCAUUACUCAUUACUCAUUAUUGUCCAUUAUCAUCUACGUUUUAUUUCUCAUGUCAUAAUUAAAUAAAAAAUACUAGCAAAUAUGAAA